AUGACCAGCGCACGGCAAUCCAAGUGGGGCUUGAAGCGCAUCCACUUUCUCCUCCGCAACUACAAUAACUGGGACUGUCUAGGUAUGUUAUCGAUGUCUCUUUCUGACGAUCAAAAGAUUGCCUUUUGGCGGCCUGCAUUUGGGAAUCCAACCACCCAUACUGGCUCGCCUUUGGUAUUUGAUCCGGAAUACGAUGUCUGCUUCCACCAUCCAGGAUACCAAGAUCCCCACAAUAUACUGCUCAUUCUUCCCGGCCUCGACCACCCUGACGGGGGAAUAUAUCAUCGUGUAGCACUCUGGGCCUGCGGAAUACUUGCGGCCAACGAGUUCGAUGGGUGGUUCACUGAAGACCGUGAGGGACAUAUACGAGUGACAACGCCGCUGGAUGGUAUCCUUCGAAAACGAGAUUAUUAUUAUCAUAUACCGGGGGAUCAUUCAUGCCCGUACCCCAUUGUAUCAAGCUUUGGCAACUGGGCUUUUCCACACGGGUCACUUCCGAGAGGGUGGAAAAUUGACAUACCCCGAGAAGCUGCUCAUCCAACCCCCAGGCAGAGCACUCUGGCUGAGGCUGUUCUCUCACGCGAUGUCCGCUGCCGCAUAACAAACCAUAUUGAAGGGACAGAGUGUGCGCAUCUGAUCCAUAGGAACCAAAGUAUCUGGUUCCAGCGAAAUAUGAUGACUCGAUAUGGUAGGCUUCCUCGACCAAAUUGCGACCCAGUGGAUAAUCCUCGCAGCGUCAUUCUUUUGCGCUCCGAUAUAUGUUCAUCAUUUGAUUCUAAGCGAUUUGCAUUCAUACCCAAACCCGAACAUGCAGCAACAAGCAAUACCGAGCCUUCAGCGGGCGGAUCUCUACGAUACGUUACGCAUGUUUUUAAUUCUCCGGGUCCACACGAACUCACUGCUCUCUAUCAUAAUGUAAGCCUGCAACCCAUCUCUGGCGUUGCGCCGGAGUUUCUCUUUGCGCGAUUUGCGUGGACAAUCUUUCAGCAUGUCCAUAUCUUCCUACAGGCGGGAUUGUCCUCCUGGCUUGCACAGUUCGAGGCUCCCACAGGAUCAGCCGAGGCUGGGAGUGAGGUCACCCCAACCGUGAAGUCCUGGAGUGCUGAGCAGUGCCGGUUGAUGCCUCUUCGGAACAAGCCUCGAAGCUCCAGUCCAAGGAAACGGAAACCCGACGAUGCAUUUGUUGAAGAUGAUGGACCAGUGCCGAGAGGGAGAAAACGGGAGCGCCAUGGUGGUGCGUUCAUUUCAUCACUCGAGCCAUCAUCGCUUGGACCAGAUACCCCGAGUGAUGGGCCGUGGAACCCAGCGCCUCUGGAAGAGCAGAGCUUGGAUACCGAUCUAUCGGAUGUUGAUGCUUACGACGAUGACGGCUCUUGGGGUCGAUAUUGCGAGCGGUCUAGAAAGCCAUUUGAUAGCGAUGCUCGCCUUGGCGACUCCAAUAUAGAAUCCGGUUGGUUUUAG